AUGAUUCCAACACUGCUCCGGCCGACCUCCUUGGUCUUGAGUCGGUCGGUGCGGCGUCUGCCCCUAGCGGGAGACGCCGCCCUGGCAAGGGCAAGGGGGGCAAGGGCGCUGGAGGAGCAAGCGGGGGCGGUGGUGGAGGAGGUGGCGGCGGUGGGGGGAGUGGGGGUGGCGGUGGGAGUGGAGGUGGGGGUGGGGGGGUCGGUGGCGGCAGUGGAGGCGGAGGUGGCGGCAGCGGUGGCGGUGGGAGCGGAGGUGGCGGAGGUGGCGGCGGUGGAGGCGGAGGCGGAGGUGGCGGCAGCAGCGGAGGCGGCGGAGGUGGCGGAGGCGGCGGGGGUGGGGGUGGUGCUGGUCGGGGGUCUUCGCAGAGGAGUGGCUCCGGUGGUGGCUCGCGCCAGCAGAAGCAGCGCAGUCGGGAGACCCUCUCCCCUCAGCAACUUCGUGUGUCCCAGGUAG